CAGCUUGGUUGCGCGCGUUUGUUGCGCACGCAUCAGGUGUGCACCUGGAGACUCACAUCUGGAUGACUGAUUAACGCUCCAAAGAAAUCUUGAAUGUUUCCAUGCAAUUCGUAUUGUGAUGCAACUAUUGGCGUACAUCGCGGGAUUUCUGAAAGCUCAAUCGUCCGAAUGUUCGUGCGGGAGCUCCCGUGACGCACUUGGACAGCUGACAUCUAUUCGAACAAAAUACAAGGCACAGAGAAGCAGAGGCGCACAAAGAGCUCGGGUCGGUUCGUCUGGUAACCUUUCAAGUUCACAAGUAAACCAUGAAUCUUACAGAGUCGCAGUGGCUCAUGGAAGAGCCGUGGAACCCGAACCGAACAGAGGAAGAGCAACUUUUAUUCGGGAUCGGCACGGAUAAUCUCAUCACGCUGGUGAUUUUUGCUCUCAUCUUCGUGCUCGGUGUGCUGGGUAACUCCAUGGUGAUCACUGUCCUAGCCAGGAGCAAACCGGGAAAACCACGCAGCACCACCAACAUCUUCAUCCUCAACCUGAGCAUCGCAGACCUGUCCUACCUGCUCUUUUGCGUCCCUUUCCAGUCUACCAUCUACAUGAUGCAAACCUGGGUCCUGGGCGCCUUCAUUUGUAAAUUUAUCCACUAUUUCUUCACGGUUUCCAUGCUGGUCAGCAUCUUCACCCUCUCGGCAAUGUCUGUGGACAGAUACGUGGCCAUCGUACACUCCAGAAAGUCCUCCAGGAUCAGGGUGGCCAAACAUGCCUUCAUCGGCGUGGUGGUCAUUUGGAUUCUCUCCCUGUCCAUGGCAGCGCCCAUCAUGUAUUACCAGAACAUCAUUCAUGGGGGAGAAAAUCUAACAUUUUGCUGGGAAGUGUGGCCGGACCAAAACCAGAAAAAAAUCUAUGUGGUUUGCACCUUUGUUUUUGGCUACGUUCUGCCACUGCUGCUCAUAUCUUUUUGCUAUUCAAAGGUUUUAAAACAUUUACACAAAAAACUGAGGAAUAUGUCCAAAAAGUCUGAGACAUCAAAGAAAAAGACAGCUCAGACGGUGCUGGUUGUGGUGGUGGUCUUCUGUCUGUCGUGGCUCCCUCAUCACGUGGUUCACCUCUGGGUAGAAUUCGGGACCUUCCCACUGAACCAGGCUUCCUUUUUGCUGCGGAUUGCCGCCCACUGCCUUGCGUACAGCAACUCAUCUGUCAACCCAGUCAUCUAUGCUUUCCUGUCAGAAAACUUCAGGAAGGCUUAUAAGCAGGUGUUCAAAUGCCAAAUUGGCACCGAGGACGUGCUGUUUAAUGAGAUUAAGGAGAUCCGCAGCAAGGCAGACGCACCGCCUUCAACUAACUGCACCAACGUUUGAUUUAGAAAGUGUGCACAGAAGCGUACAUAUAAUUCAUGGCAACUGUUUGACUAAAACUGAGUUUAAGCGCAACAGUGACAGGCCAAGUUUCAGAUAUUCCGUGGAUGAAGCCACGGCUGUUCCACUUAAGCGCUGUAAAGUUUAAAUGAUUUGCACAUUGUUUUCGAUAUGAUACAUAAUCAUGUCAAAUGUUAUCCGCUCUUGACUAAUCUUUCUCUUUUGGGUGAAUCUGAAAUUGAGGCAUGCACGCUCACAAAUCCAAAUAAUGUUAUGCUAGUUUGGCAAGCAUUUUGAAUGUUCUUCCUUGAUGAAGAACUGCGCUGGGUAGUGACGCGAUGGAACAAUGAAGGCUCCUAAAUUUAGGUCAGAGCCAGAUUAUGGUUCAGAAGUACUUGGAAAAGAGACUUUUCUUCAUGGAGAAUCAUUGACAGGCCUUUACUUGCAUGCACCAUCACUUGCUACUCGUUUUUGGUCUUGCUUCUCACCUUUACUAAGUGAAAAUCCCGCUCUAUUAGAUUUAGAUCAGGUAAGUGAAUUUUCCAGGGAAGACUAUCCAGGUUGUUUUUGUUUUUUAGGUUCAAACAUUUUUGUCGAGCAUUAAAAAAAAAAAAAAAAAAAAACUCAUGAAGGCAAGUGGCCUUGUAGUUAGGACAUCUGAUUCACAAUUCGAAGGUUCAGUGUUUGAAUCUUGGCUACCUGGCUUAGUUACUUCUACCUGAUGAAUGCAAAGGGCCAUCAGUUUGAUACACCCUUCUGAAAUAACAGAUUUACUCAAAUUACCUUUCACUAUGAAUUAGUUAAAAUCUAGACACUGAUCACGUUCAUAAUUCCUCGGAAUAAUUAUCAACAACGAUUGAACCAAGUAGCAAUGGAUAAAUGUCAAUAUGCAACACUUGGUUUCCAUAAAUCACUGCAACUGUUUUCAUUUUCAAAUGAUCAUUUCAACACCAUUCCUAGGAAAUCACAAUGACCCAUCACUGGUGAUCUGUAUUUAGAACAGGCCCGUGGGCGGAUCAUCAGGUCCAUAGGGGCG